ACCGACAACCGUAUCAUUUGCGGUGCAGUCAAAACUACACUUGACAUUUGUCACUCGCUGACUGCAGUCAGGUCAGGUACAUGAAUUAUAGUUUCAUAGAAGAGGUUAUCUCCCACGUGGGAAUAUUAUUAAUUGCAAUUUUUAAACGUAUUUACGGAUGUAUACUGUGACUUUAAUAAAAAAAUGUCACACGAAAAACCUUGUCGUGCAUGUAUGGACUUUAAAUCAUGGGCAAAGAGUCAAAAAAAGACUUUCGAUUCCGAGAAGGAAUCUAAGAAAAAAAAGGAGGAAAGUCCACCUGUAAAUGACAAUAUUAAACGUGACGAUUGUCCAUUAGAUAAAGAUGAGUUAGGUUCAAAAACAUGGUCAUUUUUACAUACCAUGGCAGCAUAUUAUCCUAGUAGUCCAAGUGAAGAACAAAAGACAGAUAUGAAAAAGUUUUUCCAUAUAUUUUCUAAAUUUUAUCCUUGUUAUGUAUGUGCAGAAGAUUUACAGGAACAAUUGAAGCAUUGUCCACCACAAACUGAUUCACAAAAACAGUUAAGCCAAUGGCUCUGCAUUAUACAUAAUGAGGUAAACAAAAAACUUGGAAAAUCAGAGUUUGAUUGUAAUCUUGUUGACCAAAGGUGGAGAGAUGGUUGGCUUGAUGGUUCAUGUGAUUGA